AAAUUAAGAACGUUGUAUAACAUCUAAAUAAACUAUUGAAAAAAAAUUAACUCUUAAUUUUCAUUAUUUAGGCUGUUUUAGCCCAUUAAAGUUCUAAGGUUUUCUGAAAUUAACCGUGUACUCCAUUCACGGUUCCUCGUGAACCAUACAGAAUUAUGACGUAUGAGCCGCGAGACUCAAAAUCACUUAGUCAUGGAUAGCAGCGAAAAAAGUAGUUGUGCUAGUGAACAUAGCGAAGUAUAUAGUUCUGAAACAGAUGAAAGUAUUUGCAAAGGGUGUUAUGAUAACGAACCUGAAUAUACUGAAAGUCAGUUGAAAAACAUUUGUUCAUCAAAAACUGCGAAUGAUAUUUCAGACGACGACGAAGAUGAGGAUUUAGACUCAAGCAGGUUAGAAAACUUACAUUGGUGUAAGUGUAAAAAAUGUGAUAUACACGAGUUAAUGACUGCUGAAGAAUGCAAGUGUUGUUUGGAGUUUACAACUUUACUGGGAGAAAAGCUGGAAGAGAAUACAUGUAUUACCUUGCAUAAAGAUUUUAUUCUUUGUUUAAAUCGCACCGUAUUAGAGACAGCAAGCAUUAGACAUCGCAGAUAUCAAAAUAAUUUCAAGGAUAUAAAAUCUUUUCAAAACAAAUCAACAUUGCAUAAUUAUGACGCAAAUGGUUUGAUUCCUAUCUAUGUUGAUCAAUUUGUUUAAUCUUACUGAGUAGAGCUUCAUACAAUAUGCCGUCUGUUGAUUGCCCAGUCCCCGACUGCUCAUACGCUACACCAGAUCUGGACCCCGUCAUUGUUGCUGCUUUGCUAACUACCCACGCCACCACCCACUCUAAUGGUAGU